AUGAACGAAAACGAGAAUUCGCUAAAAUGCCAAGGUGAAAUUAAUGAUCUAAAGAGUGUUUUUUAUUCUUGCAUCGAAGAAAAAAAGAUUAAUCUACCAAAACCACUUAAGACUUAUGCGGAUGUUGUUUCUGAAGAAGUGGUAAUCAUAAAACCUAAAACUAAUCAAGAAAGUAAGAAGACCAAAGAAGCUAUACAAAAGAACUUAAAACCAGCUAAUCUUGAAGUGGGAAUAACGAAACUUAAGAACAUUAAGGAAGGCGGAGUACUGAUAAAAUGUAAAAAUAAAGAAGAACAAGAAAAGAUUAGAAAGGCCGCAGAAAAAAAGUUAAACAAAAAUUAUGAAGUCAAGGCUCCCAUUUUAAAAAAUCCAAGUAUAAAAGUUUUGGAUAUUGAAGAGAAAUUUAGUCCUGAAGACCUUCUCAACUUGAUAAGAAAACAGAAUGUAUCAAUAUUCCACGAUAAUAGUGAACUAAAUGUUAAAGUUGUAAAGAAGAUGAAGACAAAAUACAUGGCUAUUAUCGAGUGCGAUCCUGUGACAUUUAAAAAUAUUCUCGAUCAGAAUGCCAUAUUUAUUGAUUGGUCGAAGUCGAUUUCUAAAAGAGCCCGUCGCAACGCAGUGUCUAGUACAACUCCAACACCCGAUGACGACGAUGAGGAUUUGGAAGAAGAGGAUUCCUCAGAAAUCGAUGACGAUGGUAAAAUAUAUAAAAAUCCUAGAAAUUCACCGUCCACAUUGUGCCCCAGGGAUGAGGAACAAGCGACUUUACUGGGUCAGCAAUGUCUAAGAAAAUGUUCAUCCGAUGAAGACUGCAAAAGUAAGAAGAAAAAGUGCCUUUGUGAUGGAGCUUGUGGAUUAUCAUGUAUAAAACCAGAUCGUGAAUGCCCUGAGCCGGAACAGAUUGCCUUUGGGAGCGUCACGGCGAGCGGUAGACUGUUUGGGGCCAGAGCGACGUAUUCCUGCCAGCACGGUUACCACGUGGUGGGCCUGCAGAGCCGCUCCUGCCAGGCGGAUGGGAAAUGGGCAGGCAGCCCACCUGCCUGUAAACAAAAUAUUUACUGUUUAUCACCUCCUACAAUUGACCACGCGAGGCACAACGCACUGGCAGAACAAACAACGUUUGAUUUGGAUUCCACUCUUCAAUACUAUUGCCACACUGGAUAUGUAACAAAUGGAUUUCCUAGAGCCAAAUGUCUGGCUAUAGAUGGACAGGCCUCUUGGUAUGGACCAGACAUUUCUUGCGAACCCCGAUCGUGUGGCGCACCAACCGACAUUUCUCAUGGCUGGCACGCGGGAGAAUGCUAUACCUACGGCUGUCGAAUAACUUAUCACUGUGCUGAAGGAUAUGAACUUGUCGGCAAAAAUGAGCGCUAUUGUCAAGCUGACGGUACUUGGACCCCGAAGGAAUUGCCGACUUGUGUUCUGGUUACAGCGGUACAGUGCCCACCCCCGGAAAAUCCCCGACAUGGAAAGGCAAUCUACACGUCUUGUAACUACAAUUCUGUAGUGAGCUAUGAAUGCAAAUAUGGUUAUACGCUGGUUGGAGAGAGCACGAGGCGGUGUGGAGCCGACAAGAAAUGGUCGGGUACUCAACCGGUUUGCAAAGAGAUAAAUUGUGGACACCCCGGGCGUCUCUGGAAUGGAUGGCUGGAAAAUAUCGAGGCAGGCACAGGCCUUGGAGCAUCAAUAAUCUUCCGCUGUCACGACGGCAUGCUCCUGGAAGGCAACACAUCAACCGUGUGUCAAAUUGAUGGCAAAUGGAGAUAUCCUCUUCCGAAGUGUUUGGCACCUUGUGUGGUACCUCACGUAUCCCAAGGACGAGUAAUCCUGUUAUCCAGAAAUGAUACGGCGCCGACUUCUACUGUAGUUCAACACGGUGAGGCUCUUUCCGUCGACUGUGACCCCCAAUAUGAAUUUUUGGCUAGUUUAUCACCAGUCACUUGCAACAACGGCACAUGGACCUUUAUUCCCAAAUGUGAACCAGCCAGGUGCAAGCUUUUGCCAAAGUCACCUAGAAAUGGAAUGGUUCUGGCACCCAAGAUGGAACACGGAAUGAAGGCAAGAUUUCGAUGUAAGGACGGUUAUCAGCUAAAAGGUCAACAUUUAAUGGAAUGUUCGUUUGGAAACUGGACUGGAGAAGUGCCGAAAUGUGAAGAAGUUUAUUGUCCCUAUCCUGGAAUAGUAGAAAAUGGUAAGAUUCUAUUAGUGGGCAAUAUGGGCCUGUAUGAUUAUAGGCCUUAUGUGAAAAAAGUUACUAACAAUAAGCAGAUAAUGUAUGAUUGUGAUAAAGGAUAUAUAUUGGCAGAAGGUCCUCCAGGAGCGACGUGUAUUGGAGGACAGUGGAGUCCGAGACAACUUCCAAAAUGCAUUCUUGUGCAACAUCCAAGGCUCAGAUGGAAUAGAAGAAAGCGUUCCGUGAUAAUAGAGAAAUAUAAAAGAGCGUUCAUUCGUCACCACAAAAUUAUCUAUGGUCAAAGAGAAAAAAGAUAUAUCCACAAUUAUCUGCACCAUUUAUGGGAUGAUUUCUUAGUAAAUAACAACAAAGAGCGGAACGUACCGCAUAAUUCAUUAUCAGCUAGAAUAGCAAAAGUCUUAGCAGAACAUUCUAGAAAACGGCUUAAAAGAGCAUUAAAGGGCGGUAGCGGUAGCAGAGCACUUGGAACAAGUCAUAAAAGCUCUGGCUCCCAACUGAGUCUCAGAAGAACCAGUAAGAAAAUUAAAAAUAAUAUAGACGACGAAAAGCCGACUAAUGAACUGGGUGAAACUAAAAGGCCUAAGCACAAGAACCGAGGUCCUUGCGAACCUCUAUCUAGUGAGCCAUUUGUAAAUGUGGAAGUUGUGAAAUACGGCAGAGAUCCGAACGUGUCGUUUAGUCCUGGCACUAUUGUUAAAAUGGCUUGCGGAAAGGGAUAUGGUUUAAACAUGCCCGAAAACAAAACUGCUAAAUGUGUUCGAGGAAGAUGGAGGCCAACGAAGCCGAUGUGUCUGAUAUUACCUUGUUUUGUACCCGUUACCCCGCAUGGUAUUUACAAAUUGUCUAAAGCCGAAACACCCCUGGAUUUAAACAUAGAUCCCGAUCAACCCUUGAAUGAAACUAUUGAUGUUGCAAAUGGGCAAGUAGUAGAAUUUAGUUGCGAGGAAGGUUAUAAUGUACAGGGUCCUAGUAAUUUGAGGUGUUGGCACGGUGAUUGGGCGGUUACCAGUUUCCCAGAAUGUACUGCAGCUCCAUGUCAACUUCCGAAAAUAACAAAUGGCCAAUACAUGUCAGGAUACAGGGCUGGAUUAACGAUUGCAAAUGGGUCAAGUGUAACAUUUCAUUGUGACAGUGAUUACAGCCAAUCGACUGCCCAACCAAUCCAAUGUAUAUUGGGCGAGCUACAUCCUCGUAGCCCGAGUUGUAAGCCUACAUCCGGGGUUGAUAGUGUGCGGACACAUGAAACACAUUAUCUGGGUGGAAGUGAUAUAGUGAAAGGGGGUGACAUUACCGUUAUCCAGUACGGUUCCCCAUCGGGAAAGUAUUGUGGACCACCAGCAAAGGUCCGAGGAUCAUUAAUAUAUAAAAAUGGAGAAACAGUUGCAGAUGCAGAAAAUAGUUUUCCAGAAGGGAGCGAAGUUACAUUUAAUUGCAUCGAGAGUAUAAUGGGAGAGAAAACAACAUGGAAAAUCAUUUGCGAGGAUGGUAGUUGGAUUGGCAGAUCACACAAUUGCGAUACAGAAGAUUUGAUGGCUUCGCAAACCCUAAAUAAUAAUAGCACUUGUAUCUUCCGAAAUCAGGAACCAAACGUAAUUUCUUUCUAUAACGAUCAACAAAUUCGAGAAGAUGUCGUGGAGUUCCCAGCUGGAGCUGUUUUGAUCAGCAGAUGUGUCGAUAUUGGAAAAUAUGCAAUGAUAGGUCCAAAUAAAAGAAGAUGUAUGGGAGGGGACUGGGAUGGUUCCAAACCAGCUUGCUUUGGACUAAAUCAAGCAAAUGAUUAUUCCAUGGAAAAACCACCAACUAUUUUAUUUAGACAUCAACUAGGACCUAUUGCACAGUCAAAUGACGGUAAAUUAAUUGUAUAUCCUGGCACGAUUUUACAUAUGGAAUGCUUAUGGAUCAGAAGAUUUGGAAAUCCAAAAUGGACUAUUAGUCAUGAUUAUAGAAAAUAUCCUGAGGGCUGGACAACAGAUCCAGGGCGAGAUUCCCAGCUGGAAUAUAGGUUAUCCAUAUUUCAUGCCUCUAAAGAUGAUUCUGGCUUAUUUACUUGCGUUACACCGGCUAGAUAUACUCAUUCUGUGGAAAUUGAGGUAAAAGCGGUUCACUGCCCCGUCGUUCCACAAAGGAGAGGUCUGACGGUGAAUACGCAGAGUACGAAGAUGAACACCAAAUUAAAAUUUUCUUGCAUCAACGGUAACUCCCUUAUAGGAGCGGAGGAGAUCGUCUGCCUUCCUUCAGGAAAUUGGAGUGCUCCGUUCCCCGUCUGUGAAAGUAUUGAAUGUGGCGAUGUAGGACAACUAGGAGAGCAUUUGAAAGCGCUUAUCAUAUCCAGAGAAGUAGGAGGCAAGGCUGUAUUUAGCUGUGAUGCGGGCUUUGGUCUCAGAGGGCCUGGGGAGACUGUUUGCCAAGCUAAUGGAGACUGGGCUACUCCUUUUCCUACAUGUGAAGAAGUUCAUUGCGACAAUCCGACUCCACCAGAGAAUGGAUAUAUUCAAGGAAGUGGACCGUUCAAAGCAGGAGAUGUGGUUCAGUUCAAUUGUAAUCCUGAUUACAUGAUGGAAGGGCAGCCUAUUAUAGCUUGUCAAGAAAAUUCGAGAUGGUCCGGAAAAUUACCAAAAUGCGUUCAGGCAUGUUCAUAUCCUGGAACAACAAUUAGCGGAAGGAUGUCCUCUGUCAAGUUCUAUUACAAAAUAGGAGAAAACAUAACAUUUACCUGCGAAGAAGGCUUGCAACUGAGAGGAGCAGCAAUGUUAAAGUGUUUAAAGAAUGGGAAAUGGUCGAAUGCUAUACCCACUUGUGUUACAGAUAACACAGAGAAGAAAAGGGAAAUAUCCGUCUAUUAGUUAUAAGUAGAUUUGUAGGAUUUAGCUGAAUCAAGUCAUAUCGAGGCAAUACCUAUAGUGAUAUUUUUAUGAUGCAUAAAAAUGGUUUUAUAAAUUGUAUCAAUUUAAUUUCUGCAAUAAUGUAAAUUUUAUAUUGCACCUAAGAAAAUGAUAGAAAUAUUAUAAACCAAGUAUAUAUAAUUUAGAUCUUAUAUCGUCAAAAUAUCAAUUUUGUAAAGAAACUAGAUUUUUUUAUGGCACAAAGAUUUGAGAACAAUUUUACGCACAAGUAGGUUUACGCACUAAUACAUCUAGAGAGAUUUUUUAAUAAUGUCGUAUUAUACUACGGAAUUAAAUUUAGCAUUUUGUUUAUAUGUAUCUACAUUAGGUGA